GUGGGGUUCAGAGUGUAAAGGUUGCUACUAGAGGAAUGAAUAUGGCGGCCGGCGAGCUGAGGUGUUGGCAGUAGAUUAAAUGUCUAGUUUCGAAGUAGAUUAGUGCACGCCCACCUCAACUACACUUGGGAUGCGGCACUUUAUUAAUUUGUGGUAAUAAUCAAGUUUCGAGAUUCUGUUGAGGAGGUCUGUGUAAUGGCGCUUGUGUACGAGUUUGUGUGGCGGGUCCUGCACGUCCUUCUCCACAUACAUAGAACGCUCAUCACCUGGUUCCGAAUCCGCCUUCGGAACUGGAACGGUCGGUUAUGGAAGCGAGCUCUGGCUACGCUCCUUGUACCCAUCACCCUUGGUUUUCCUGACCACCACAAGAAGAUGGGCCCUGCUACCGGUAAACGCUCCGGCCGUCGGUAUCGCUGGGGGGCAGACGGUAAAUCUCUGGAAAAGCUCCCUCUUCACUUGGGUUUAUUGAUUACCGAGGAGGAACCAAGCUACACGGACAUCGCCAACCUGGUCGUGUGGUGCAUGGCCGUCGGUAUAUCCUAUGUCAGUGUGUACGAUAAUCAAGGUGUACUCCGGAGAAACAACUCCCGGCUCCAAGAAGAGAUCUUUAGGCAACAACAGGACCUCCUGGGUCCAGAAGGUUCUAAGCUCUCCGUCGAGUUCCUCAGCAACGGAACAGACAAGCAUGACUACCAAGUGCAGCGGGGCCAGCCCGUGGUGCGAGUACUGUCUGCGGAGGACGGGAAGCAGAGCAUCGUGCAGGCGGCCCAGCAGCUGUGCAGAGAGGUGGAGCGGCAGCAGAGGAGCUCCUCUGACAUCAGCGUCUCCCUGCUGGACUCAUUACUGAGAGAGUCUAAGAACAUUCCGGACCCAGACCUGGUUCUGAAAUUUGGCCCGGUGGAGAGCACCCUUGGCUUUCUCCCCUGGCAGAUCCGACUCACUGAGUUCAUUUCCCUCCCCACCCACCUAGACGUGUCAUACGAGGACGUUUUUGGGGCUCUGCAGCUAUUCGCCACCUGUGAACAGCGAGUGGGGAAGUGAGGCGAAGCUCUGCCCCCCCCCCCCCCCCCCCAUGGAGAGGGAGGAAGUUGGGACAGACAGGAGGGGGACUCCCCCCCCCCCCCCCCCUCGCCAACCAUGAGCUCAAUGUUUACAAACCAGAUACAGAGAGCAGCCAGCAGAACAGCCAGCUAGCCACAAGCCCUAACCCAUGACCCGCCCUCCUCCUCAGCACUGACUGAUCAUAUCCCUCACCCCUCCUCUCCACGCCAGGCUACGGCUAGCCGCCUCUCAAGGCAUUCUUGGAGAUGGGGCAACACGUGAGAGGCGUUGAGGGAACACCACUGAUACCGACCAACCUGGUUUCACUGCCCCCACCCAACUAGCCCAGCACCAGCGCAGAGAAGGAUGGAAGGAGGCGGAGAGAAUCCUGCUGCUCUCAGACUGAAAGAGUGAGAGUCCCCACAACAUUGCCUCAACAUUGCCUCCCUUCGCCUCCAUCUCUCCCUGUAGCAAGGAACCGGUAAAGGACUGCUCUAAUGGAAACCCUUCUCACAAGUCUGUGUGUGUGUGUAGGGUUAGCCUACCGUGGGACAACCGACUGGACGGAAGAAGGCCCAGAGAUACAUGGUUUUUCGUGACCAACUCAUUGGAAGGGUGACUGACAGUGCUUCAAGUCUUAAACCUGUGUGUGUGUUCUGUGUGUGUCCUUUGCUGCUCUAUUGUGACACACACCUCGUAGAGCAUCCUCUCCGAUCGCUCCAGAGUGGGAGAGAGAGAGAGUCAGCCCGCGCUCCGUCCAUAGCGAGGAGGAGGAGGACUGCAUGUUUACAAUUCCUCUUCCUCUCGCUCGCUCGCUCCCUCUCUCUCCGCUCUCCAUCUCUCUUUCGGUCUCUCCGGUGCUCUACCUCUCUCUCUACCCUCUCCUUCUGCCCUGUUCUCUUUUUAUUUGGUUUUUCUCUUCCCCGCGUAUCUUCCGUUUUCGGAACCAUCUGAAUGCGUGUGGGAUUUUUUCUUUGUCGUAAAAUGGCGGUUUGUUUCACCACACAGUUCCUCUUCUCUCCCACCCUAACCCCCCCAUCUGUAGAACCACACGUCCCCAAGUCGCUGGACCCAUAUGCACAACCCCACGAGGGGGCAGGGGCCCCCCCUUGGUCGACCCCCCGUCCCCGGGGGGAAUGGGGGAGGGUGGAUGGGAGGGUACAGGUGCCAUGUGUCUCCGUUGUCCUGGCAACACGCCAUCUACAGCCGAUUGUGUGACUUUGGUCCUCUGCACUGUACAUCUGUCAUUGUCGCAUUGUUUUUAAUUCCUGUUUGAAGGACAUAGCCCUGCCUUUUGUGUCUGUUUGUGCUUGAACUAUCUCCCCCCACCCGACCUCUUCCCUCUCUAGCGAAACUUACUCUCCUGUGCUACUGUCUGAGCUGGCCAGAGCGUACACACACACACACGGAAGACUACUGGCACUGUUCAACCUACCCCCCUAACCCAGCGCUGUCAUUGGUUGUCGCCUGGUGUGUGCAGUAUGCUCAAUAAAUGUUACUGAAAUCCCCAUGAACACUAAUGUAACUGCUGUGUGGCUCCAGAAUUUCACCACUAAUAUCAAACGGAGCAGUGAUGCUAACAGAGUAGGCUGCCCUGUCUGGUCCCAGCUCACAGGCGUUCGACCACAGGGGUCGCGGUUGUGUUUUGUAAGUUGUCUGCAUGGCCCUCUCACUUUGACGUGUCCUGUGUUUCAACAAGGUGUGUGUUGCAGCUAUCUCGCGUCUGCACUUGUUUCUUUUUUGUACUAAGGAACAUCUUGUUGAUUAUUCACCUGCAGUCUUUCCGUACACAGACUUGAAGCAGGACUGCGUCUGGUAAUGUGCCAUAGAUUUGGCGGCAACUGCAUGCUAGAUCAGUCAAUAAAAUAAGGUGCGAUGAUGCAAAAAGUUGUCAAAUCAAACACAAAAGCAUUAGAAGUAAUUUACAUUACUCAAUUGUGAAGGGGGAAAAAGUAUUCGGAGCCAGUUAAAUUAGAAAAAAAAUGUCUCGCAUGUGGAAAAAAAAUCCACAGUAGUGAUCAAAGAACACAUUCUCAACAAGACCAGUCGAAGGGCCUGUAUAAAGCCCCCAGAGUGUGUGUGUGUGUGUGUUAUAUCAGACGUUCUCCCCUUACUCCACAGGACCUGCUGUGUUAGAAGUGGUGGCAGCAGAGCAGCGUAACAGCUGGACUGAUCAGCAUUUCCCUCGAGCCUGUCCUAUUCGCCACCCUAGAGAGCCAGCGGGGCAGACGGUUAUCAAAUGCCCCCCUCUGGCGCUAAAAAAAGCCUGUGGACGAAUGAAUGCCUGCAGAGGCUGCAUGCGGAACAGGAUGUUGGAUGUGUUUGUGUGGUACAUUGAUGCUCUCAGUGCUCUGUGCUGUUCUGUUGUUUUGCAAUGCCAUGGUUGGUUGCGAGUUAUCGCAGCCACACUAACGACAGCAGACUCCCUUUGGAAUUCAGCGGUGGUAUUCUAGCAAGUUAAACGCCUCACAAGAAUGAAUGUGUUUGCGAUAUUAAGCGGUUGCUUAAACGGGUAGGAAGAAACAAAAUGCCUACUUUGUUAGUCAGCUUGGUUAGAUACCAACCCCCCUCCCUUCCUAGUCCUCCUGGCUACCUGUCUUUGCGCUAGGUCCCUCAAAGGAACGAGGGGGCUAAAUCCAUCUGUGUGCUGCCUAACUAGCUGUACAGUACAUAUGUGACUGCAGCUAACCAGUGAAUAAACAGAUGCAGUUGUCAAGAGGUGAACUGGCGAAUGGUCGUUCAAUGUAGUGAACUAAAGUUACAUUUUUCGGUGCAGGGGGGUGGAGGGUUAAUGGUGGAAGCAUCCAGUGUACAGUGCCAACCCCGCUGUGUGAGGGGCUGGGGUGGGGUUCAUCGUGAACGUUUUGUUGUCGAGCGCUGGUGUAACCAUGGCGACUCUUCAUCUGUGUACUGAUUGUAAAGAACGUGUAAAAGUGUUUUUAUUGAUUCAAAGGAAAACAAUAUGUAGGAAACAAACGAGCUGUGUAUCUAUUUUAAAUGACGACUGAGAAUAAAAGAUGAGAAAACAAGGAGACCAAGUUGCCUGAA